AUGGAGGCAGCUAUCGGAGUGAUUGGGCUCUCAUUGCAGCUCAUUGACUCUGCCAUCAAAGUCAAGAGAGUCGUUACAGCUUACCGGACUGCCUCGGCGGAGAUCAACCGAUUGGCACUCAAGAUCGAAAGAGUCGAGGUAGUAUGCGGUGCGAUCAAGGACAGUCUCGAGGGAGACGCAUCUUCGAGACAGUGCUCUGAUCUAAUCAAGACCUGGGGUGUCAAGGACAGUCUCGAGGGAGACGCAUCUUCGAGACAGUGCUCUGAUCUAAUCAAGACCUGGGGUGUGUGUGUUCUCAGAAGCAUCUCAUCGACGCUCGCCGAGAUUCAUGCCAUUAUCACAAGGCUGGAAAGGAAGGGUGGAAAGAGGCGUCCCUUUAACACCGCGGGAUUCACAUUUCUGGAAUGCAAAGAUGAUAUAUCUCGGUUGAGCAAGUGGCUGGAUGAUGAUCUGAAUUACCUGCAGCAUAUGAUGACCGCGGAGAUACUGUGCGCCCUCCAAGUUCCACUUCUGAAAGCUCCUGACUGA